AAAAGGUUCACAGUCUCCAACAGGAGCUGAAGACAAGACAGAUGGAGGACAUGAGAACAGGACAAAGUCCAGGAGUGGAGCGAAGAAUGGAGCAGUGGAGGAGAGAAGCUGGCAGUCCACGAGGACGGAGAACCCAGGACACAACGUUUGGCAACCUGCAGGAGAGUUUGAACUCAAAACUUCACAGAGAGGAGCUGGAACACCUGCGGAAAGAGGUGGACCAGCUGAAAACACGUCUCAAGAGGCAGGAAGACGACACGUACCUCCAGCUGAAAGAGGCCAGAGAGACCAGAAGGCAGUGUGAACGCAGCUGCAAACAGGAGCUGACAGACGGCUGCACAACACACUGCAGUGAWCUGGUAAAGACUCUCUGCCAGUAUCCACACACUCAGCAAGAGAUCCAUCACAUCAGAACCCAGGUGUCAGAACUGAAGGCUCAGGUGAGGAGUCUCYUUCUCCGAGGGCAGGAACCAACAUCUCUGUUGUCUGCUCACACAUCAGCGGCCCCACUACCACCAGUCCCUCACAGCCACGACAAGGUGUUCGGAACAGAAGGGUCUGACUGGGAGGACUUCAGCCCGACCCCGAGCCUCACUGAGAUCAGCUCAGAUGACCUGUCAUGGCUGGACGACAAAGAACCUGGUGUGGAUCCAUCUUUUCUCA